AUGAUCUCCAACGAUGAAAAAGCCGCGCAGCAGGAAGCUGGCCUUCGCCAUCAGCUGCUGUCCGUCGACAAAGCUACAAAGGUUGUUGACUGCGAUGUUCUCAUCAUCGGCGCCGGGGCUGCGGGUCUAGCAGCGGCAGCGGCUGUGCAGAACAAGGAGCUCAGAGUCAUCCUUGUCGAGAAAGAGGAUCAUGUCGGAGGCACCACUUUCAAGUCCGGUGGCUGCAUGUGGAUGCCGAAUAACUUCCUGAUGCGGGAGCAGGGCAUUGAGGAUAGCAAAGGGCGGGGCAAGCAAUACGUCAACGCUGCGGAGGACGACAACAUCAAAACUCAUAGCAGAGAUGCCGCCACCGACAGCUGUGGCUUGCGGGAAAGGCGUCUCGAUGCAUUUUUGACCAGGGGAGAUGAGAUGAUUGACUACUUUCGCGAUCAAGGAUUCCGCUGGAUGGCCACACCUUCCCGGUUCCCUGAUUACCGGUCCGACCUCAAGGGUGCGGUUGAGUAUGGCCGCACCAUCGAUCCCGACGUAUUCGAUGCCACUAGUCUAGGUAGUUGGCAGAAGUAUCUUCCAGCACCGGACGGUGCGCCUCUGAUUCCUAGAUUCGAGGAUUUCCGGGCCCUGACGAGGCCACCACUGUCGAAAUCUCGUUACGGGAGGCUUUCGACCUUCCCUAGAGGAAUCCCGAGGCCAGUAUCCAUGGGUCGAUCACUCGUCGCUCAACUCCUCAAGAUCUGCCAAACUCACGGUAAUGUGGAAAUCUGGACGUCUCAUGAGCUGCAUUCCCUUUUGCCAUUAGAAGAUGGGGAAGUGGUAACUGGCGCACGGGUUUCCUACCGCCGUGGAAAGGAUAGAGACGUGGGGGACGAAAGCGCCACUAACUGUUUUGUCGACAUCCGAGCAUCGCACGGGGUUGUUCUGGCCACAGGAGGCUUUUCCAAGAACCAAGCGUUGAGGGAUGAGCAUAUCGGGACGAGCACCUUACGUUCCGAGGCAGCAUGGAGUCUCGCCGCCAACGGCGACAGCGGUAUCGCGCUGCGCGCUGGGCAAAGCAUCGGCGCCAGCACAGCACAGCUCGACCAGGUCUGGGGUAUCCCGACAAUGAUUGAUCCCAAGACAGGAAAUAUGACUGAAGCCAUGUUCGCCAUGGUGAAACCUUUCUCCAUCGUCGUCGAUGGCACCGGCGAUCGUUUCUUGUCCGAGUCCCAGCCGUACGGCGACACGGUCACGGCCAUGUACGACAGGGCACGACGAAGCGCCGAGACGGCCGUCUUCUGGCUCGUCUUCGACCAGGUGUACAUCCAGAGGUAUCCGAUCGGCAGCCUCCGGCCCAUCCACGCGGGCACAGCGGUCCUCGAAGGCGCCAUCAAUCGCGGCCAUAUACUGCGCUCAGGCGAUCUUGCUGGGCUGGCAGAGCAGAUGAAGGUACCCAGCGGCGCUCUUCGAGCAACAAUCGACAGGUGGAACGAGAUGUGCGCGUGUGGCACGGACGAGCUAUUUUGCAGAGGUGAUGACUUGUACCAGAAGUUUAUGGGUGAUCCGAACGUGGAGCCGAACCCUUGUAUGGGAGCCAUCAGAAGAAGCCCCUUCUAUGCCAUCCAAGUCUUCCCAGGCGACGCCGGUACAAAAGGAGGACUCCGGACUGACGAGCAUGCUAGAGUACUCAGAAGCGACGAUAGAGUCAUCCGCAACUUGUUUGCCGCUGGGAACACCACUGCUGUACUUCUCCGUUCCUUCGCUGCGGGGCCAACGAUCACACCUGCGAUGACGGACGGCUUUAUCGCCGUACGGUGUAUGGAAUCGAUGGUGAGUGAACGAAAAGAUGCAGUGCGCGAAGCUACGCAAGUGGAAUGUGCCGGGUCUGGUUAG